CAGGCGGCACCACGACGCUGCGUAGCCGCCGCAAUGUCGCCCGAGCCAUACAUGUGCGAUCCGGUCUUUGAGGCCUUGGGGAUCAACCACGCCCGUGCGCAGCUAGGUUUGCCCCAGUUGGCACCCUUCGCAGCAGGUCCGCCACCCGCGUGGUCGCCGCCAUGGUGGCCCGGCAUGAACGGAAUGCUUGGAGUGCCUAACCGGCUUCCAGGCGGCGCUGAUCCGUGGCCAUCCGCGGCGUGGACAACUCCGGAGCUGCCCAAGUCUCUGGGAUCUCAAGGUUCCACUGAAGUGGAGGCUGGCGACUCGGACCCCAGUUCGGCGUCUUCGCCUCUUACCGCGACGCGGAAGGUUCGGGUGGAGUUAAACCUGGCUGAGAGGACGAGCCCUCCAGAGUUCAGAGUAGAUGCUUGCGGCCCUCCUGGUCCUUUCUUCACGCCCACCAAGACCAGGACGUCCUUUCGUGCUGAUGCGCCUGUCUUCGUCCCGCGUGAACAGGACGGCUUCGAGACCCCGGUCAAAGAGGAGGCGACCGCCAAUGACGAAGUUCGAUACGUUCGAUCCAGGAUGCUCCGAGUACGACAGUACUUGGAGGAUACGAAGGGCUCCAAUAGAGACGAAGGAGAAACGAGUGGCAAAUCUCUUCAAUGGAAGACAGCCAAGCGUUCCCAGGUGACCGCCGAGCACCUGCGUGGGGCAGGUGCUGGGCGGCCGCAGGGCACGCCGCUUGCACCUUCUACUCAGGAGCAGCGAACAGCAGCCUACUAUCCAGGUUUGCAGCCCAAGGUGCCCUUAACGGUCGGACCGCAACCGGUGGGAAGGGUGCUUUGAAACAGCUGUCCAACGGACGGCAUUGAACAAAAGAUCUGCUGUGAGGUGUGGCAGAUUUGUGCCAUGGACAUGGGAGAAUCUGGUGCUUCCACUUGAUUGUUGGCUAAACGCGAAGCUUGCCACGUUUGGUGCUGUUGAUCUGGG